CAGUCUCUUUCUCUCUCUCUCUAGAACUUCGGUAGUUGAAAUACUGCUGUCGAGUAUUUCAGAAAUCUAAUCCUUAAAGAUCAAUUUAUAACUUGAAAGUUUUUAAAGAACAAGAGAGGCUUGAUACACUCCUCUAUAUAUCUCUCAUCUUCAAGCACAGCAACUUUCUCUGUUUCUUUGGAAGAAUCUAACUAGGAAGGAUAUUCAUCAGAGGCUUCUUCUUCUCUUGGCUCUGGAAUGGUCUCUUGCACCUACGAGGCGUAAAGACAAGCUAAAGCUAUGCAUUUUCCUCUUGUUUCGGCUUGGAACAAGAGAAGGAGAAGCAAAUCCUGUGAUACGGAUACAUGGAUCUAUAGAACAGCGGAGUGUUGGCAAAUCGAAGAUCAGGCGUCUCAGCCAAGGAAACGAAGAUACGGGUCAUCAGUUUAUACCCUCAAGGAAAUGGAAGAGGCCACAAGUUCCUUCAGUGAUGAGAAUUUGCUCGGUAAAGGAGGCUUUGGCCGAGUUUACAAAGGCACUCUAAAAACAGGAGAGGUGGGAACUAUAUUGCUUUAUUUAUUAUGUGAUUUUACAGGCUUUUGUAAUGUAAGAAACAUUUUAAAGAGCAUACAUAUUAUAUUGAUCCCUUGCUAUUCGAAGGUUGUUGCGAUCAAGAAGAUGGAUUUACCUCCGUUUAAAAAGGCUGACGGAGAAAGAGAAUUUCGUGUGGAGGUGGACAUUCUGAGCAGGCUCGACCAUCCAAAUCUGGUAUCUUUGAUUGGCUACUGUGCAGAUGGAAAACACCGAUUCUUGGUAUAUGAAUAUAUGCAAAACGGGAACCUGCAAGAUCAUUUGAAUGGAAUCAAAGAAGCAAAGAUAAGCUGGCCAGUAAGGCUCAGAAUUGCACUUGGGGCAGCAAAAGGACUCGCGUAUCUCCAUUCAAGUUCUGGUGUUGGCAUUCCAAUUGUUCACAGAGAUUUCAAAUCCACCAAUGUUCUACUAGACUCCAACUAUAACGCAAAGAUAUCCGACUUUGGACUGGCAAAGUUGAUGCCAGAAGGAAAAGACACUUGUGUGACAGCAAGAGUUCUCGGAACUUUCGGCUAUUUUGAUCCAGAAUAUACAUCGACAGGUAAACUUACUCUACAAAGCGACAUCUAUGCAUUUGGGGUUGUGCUGCUAGAACUACUUACAGGAAGAAGAGCUGUUGACUUAACGCAAGGCCCAAAUGAACAGAACCUGGUGCUACAGGUUAGGAAUAUACUGAAUGAUAGAAAGAAAUUGCGUAAGGUUAUAGAUCCAGAACUGUCUCGUAAUUCAUACAGCAUGGAAGCUAUAGCCAUGUUUGCUGAUCUGGCAUCACGGUGCAUCCGUAUAGAGAGCACCGAGCGACCUUCGGUGACGAACUGUGUUAAGGAACUGCAACUAAUUAUCUACACAAACUCGAAGGGUGGUUUGGGUGGGACGAUCCCUACAUUCAGAAGGCUCUAGACAUCGAAUUCUUUGAAAGCAGUAAUAUGGAUUAUGUCAUUUUUCCAAAAAUGAGAGGCUACUACUGAGAGUUGAUAAAGAUAAUAUUUAAGAGUACGGGAAAAUUUAAGUUCAAUUUCCAGCUGCUAAACUUAUCGAACGAGGCAUUAUAUGGACGUAUAUACUAUAAAGUUAACAAGUAAAUCGGGUCAAACAAUUUACAUCUCUGUAUUUGUCAUUAAUGUUUUGCUUGAUAGGAAUGAGUUUAUAUAUAUUCAGGGGUGAAGCAUUUUCUGUUUCCUCUUUUCACCUUAUGCUUAAAAUUUAAAUCGCACAUAUAUAAAACAAGAAAGUCAAUCACUGCCAAUACAGGAAGAAGAAAUCACAGGUAUAGCUACGUCUGACUAAGGUAAGAGUGAGUG